AUGAAUGAAGACGAAUUUUAUCUUAACUUAGAACAGUACAUUGAGGAAUCGAAAAAGAGAAUUGUAAAUAAAGAAAGAUUAAUAACAUCUGAAAACGAUGAAGAAAUACAAACAUUAGAUAAAAAAAAAACAAAUUUUGAUUUUUAUGAUUAUAAAGGUUUAGUGAUUCUAACGGACAAUGAUUCGGAAAAUGAAUAUGAAAAUUGUAAAAACAUAAAAGAUAUAAUUAGCAUAGAUGAUGAUAAAGAAAUGGAAAAAAUCAGAAAAGUUUUAGAAAUACAAAAAGGAAUAAAGAACAGAAAAAAAAAUGAAGAACCCAAUAUUGCCAGAAAAGGACCCCACACAAAUAAACUGAGAAAUAAAAAUAGUUUUGUGCAAAAUAAAAAGACGUCUAAAAAAAAUAAAGAAAAUAUAAGAAAAUUCAUUAGUUUAGAAAAAGAGAUAAUAAUUACAAAAACAUUAAUGCGUAAAAAGAAGGAAAAUAUUGAUAAUAUUUACAAAUAUAUAAAUAAAAAAGAAAAAAUAAUAAAGAACCUUAACAAAAAUAUGAUUAAAGAAUCUGAAAAAUACCAAGAACUAUUAGUAGAAAAUUUUAAAAAGACAGAGAACUUAAUACAGAAAUUCGAAGAAAUAAACGCAAGGAAAAAGAAAAAAAAAGAAAUGGUUCAAUUGCUUAACAUUGAGAUGAGCAAAUUAAAUGUAGAGUUAGAAAAAAAAGAAGACAAACUAAAAGAGCUAGAUAAAUAUAAAGAAUUUCUUAACAAACUAUCCAGUAGUAAUAAGAAUGAUGAUAAUCCAUCAAAUGAUGAAAUAAUAAUAAAAACAGACGAAAAAGAAAAAAAAUUUUCUAAAAAUAUGGAAAAAUAUAUUAAUAAUUCCCAACUACUAAUUGAUCAUUUUAAUUUAUUGGAAGAAGAACAUUUACAACUAAUUGAUGAUACACAAAAUGCAGAAUAUGCUUUACAAGAAUAUGAAAAAAAGUUACAAGAUAAAAAAAAUAAAUAUGAAAUUAAGAAUAAAGAAAUGGAUAAUAAAAUUACAGAAAUUAAUAAUUAUAUUAAAGAGUAUAUUGAUAAAAUAUCAUAUUAUGAUAAUGUUACAAAACAUUCGAAAUAUAAUAUAACAUUUACAAAUAUAAAUAAUAAAAUUGAUUAUAUUUGUACUCAGCUUUCUUACGAUGUUAACACUAAUGAAAUUAUGAAAAAGUUUCAAAUAUUGGAAAACAAAAUUUAUUCAUAUAUUACUACUCUUAAUAAAUAUACUGAGGAAAACAAGCAUCUUAUAUACGAGUAUCAAAGGGAAAGGGAAAAAGAACGAAGAAAGCAAAUGAGAUUUGAAAUUAAUUUGGAUAGAAAAAGCGAUAAGCAAAAUCAAAAUACUAAAAAAUCGAAUAAUAAAAAUAUCAACGGCAACCUUAAAGAGAAAAAAGAAAAGCGUGAAAAUAUUUAUACAUUAUUUGAAAAGGACAUAUUUAAAUAA